AUGGAUAAUGAGCAACAGUCAGUAAGUAGUGAUACCGAGUUGGAAAGUGGGACACAAAGUAAUGUUAGUGAUGUAGUUCAGGAAGUACAAUAUGAAAAUCUGGGGGCAGAAGGGCAAGAAAUGUUGCCAUUGCCACCCAGUGAUUCAGUUGAUAGCGGAAACACUGUGCCAUCCGCAAGCACUGGACACAGACCAGAGAGUGAUGAGGUGUCAGAAGUGCAAUCAUUAAGAGUUAUGUUCGAGCGCAUGCUCAAUUUCCAAGCUGAAUUUGUACGUGUGCAAGCAGAGCGUGAUAGAGAACGUGAUGCUAAACAAGCAGAACGCGAUAGAGAACGUGAUGCUGAACAAGCAGAGCGUGACCAGAGAUUGGUAGCUGAAUUUGCCAAACAAGCAGAGCGCGAUAGAGAACGUGAUGCUAAACAAGCAGAGCGUGACCGACGCCUGCAUGAGAGGGACUUGCAGUUGAUGCAAACUUUAGAAGUUAUGCAAAGUGAGAUUGUUAGUUUGAAACAAAAAUAUGAAACCAUACCCAAAACGGUGCAAGAAUUAAGCGAAAGAGUAGAUAGUGUUCAAGUGGCUAACGCCAAUAUAGUAGAGGAAAUCAGUGUCCUGACUAAUAGGGUCGAACAACUAGAAAUUGACACAACUCAAGUAAUUGAGAACAAAGUGAUCGAACAAGUGCACAAAGUAGAAAAUGAAGUCAUAAAAGAAAUAGAUCAGAAAGUGCACGCCGCAAUUGAGGCCAGAGAUGUGGGCUCAAGUGCGGAUGUGCAAAAUCUAAAAAGGAUAGUGCACAAAGACAUUCCGCUGUGGCAGCGGAGUGUGGACCGUCGUCUUGCCGAGAUGGAGCUUAGCUUGCGGCAUGACGAGGCACGGGCGUAUGUCACGCCAGCCAGGUCCAACAAUGAUAGGCAUAUAAAUACUACAGUAAAAAAUUGCGACUGCGAGACAGAACAGGCAACCAAUGAGGACGUUAAGGCAGCCUCUGAACAGGCUAGAAGUAACGGAAAUGGUUAUAGAAAUGGUAGAAAUAACACGCCUCCACCAAGUAAUGGAAACGGCGGAGGUAAUAAUAGGAGACAGGAGUAUGCACAAAACGGAAAUAGAGGUAGAGACCGGAACGGCAAUAGUCCGCCGGUGAAUAAUGACCGGAAAAGGAGGUUCGAUGACCGGUAUGAGACAGGCCCACCAAGCAAUAAUAGAUGGAAAAAUGCCAGGGGGCCGAGCAACACUAAUACUUAUAAUGAUGCAAACCGAACUUGGCCGCAGAACCAGAGGCCCAGUCCGGACCGGCAAAACAGAUAG